CUCAGACCCGGGCUCGUGGCCUGAGCUCCGCCGGCUUCAGGAAAGUCAGUCUGGGUUAGUGACGACACUUCCCCCUUUUUCCUUGGAUUCAUCCUCUGAAGUUUUUUUCCCUUCCCCUCUCUCCCCUCUAGACCGCUGUGAAGUAAACUUUUGUCUCUUUUUUUUUCUCUCCGGAGUGAAAACGCCACCAUGUCUUCGCCUUCUCGUCGGCUCCAGACGAAGCCUGUGAUCACCUGCCUGAAGACCUUCCUCAUCUCCUACAGCCUCAUUUUCUGGUUCACAGGAGUGAUCUUACUGGCCGUCGGGGUGUGGGGGAAGGUGAACCUGGAAAAAUAUCUCUCCCUGGUUGUUGAUGAGAACACCAAUGCACCAUAUGUCCUCAUUGGGACAGGAGCCACCAUCGUUAUUUUUGGACUGUUUGGUUGUUUCGCUACAUGUCGCGGCAGCCCAUGGAUGCUCAAACUGUAUGCCAUGUUCUUGACCUUGGUGUUCCUUGCUGAACUGGUGGCUGGCAUUUCAGGUUUCAUCUUCAGGCAUGAGAUUAAGGACAAAUUAAGAGGUGGCUUUAAAGCUGCAUUGACCAAAUACAACGACACCGACGGCACCAGCGAAGUAGUGAACCUCAUCCAGCGUAAUCUUCAAUGCUGUGGUGUAGACAACUACACUGACUGGGAAUCCACAGACUACUUUAAGGAGAAUGGCAUUCCUAUGAGCUGCUGUAAGACGACCUACUGCUCACCAGAAGUCAUGAAAAACAUUUCUAAGGCUGCGACGGAGGUGUACGACAAGGCCUGUUUUACAAAGGUUAGCAACGUAAUGGAAUCCAACCUGGGAACUGUCGCUGGAAUCUCUUUUGGAAUUGCAUUCUUCCAGCUCAUUGGAAUAUUCCUGGCCUGCUGCUUGUCUCGAUACAUAACCAACAACCAAUACGAGAUGGUGUAACCAUGACCCUCCACAGGAUACUGAUGGGGAACUUCUGAUACAAACCAGUCCUGUGAACCUCCUGUGAUUUUUAAUAUUGUGCGUGUGUGUCUGUUCAUAUUAUUUUAGAGAGGGAAGAAGAACACUCUUCAGACGCUUCUUUUAUUUAAACUCAUCAACGACAAGCCAACAUAAGGGAAUGUUAAAAAGGAAAUGUUAAAGAGCUGAUAUCUGCGGCGUAGAUUAACCAAAAAGGGACCUGGAUAUUUUAGGGAUCAUUCAGUACUCACUUGGAUGUUGAUACAUAGAUAUUGUGACUUUUCUUCUUUUUUGGAAACGUACCAAAUUAUCUCUAUUUUCAGUAUGUUUCUAUGAUGCAGCUGCCUUAUUUUGUAAUUUUGCUAAAUGUAGUCUGUAGCUAAGCAGGUGAAAUUUAGAUAAGCUGAUAGAUGUUAAACUUUUCUGCAACACUAAGUGAACUUCUGUGUGAAACCUAUUUAACCUGAGCGGCAGGUAUGAGGUGAGCACUUCAAGCCAGUGUGUAAGUAUUUAGAAGUUGUGUUGAAAAUGAGCCUUAUUGAUCGUGUAGGCUCGGUAUUCUGGACGCCUGCAGUCAUAUGUGCCUUUUACAGCAUCUCUGCCAACUUCAUAUUAAAGUCUCAGUGUUAAAUUGUUAUUUUUUUGUAGAUGCAUGUGAAAUACUUGAAAAAAUAAAGAUGGAAGCCAA